UCUUCCUUUCUGGCUUUUUAGACUGUGAACACUUUAUGUUGCCGGGACCCACAGCCUCAGCUCAGUAACCGGGCAGCGGACGCGGGUUCCUAGACUUGGGCACCAGCCAGUGGUUAGAAGCAGGGUGAAACAGAAGGCAGAUGCCUUCAUAGUCCCAACCUGGCAUUACUGGACAAUGGCAGCUGAAGCAGGAGUGACGAGAUCCCUGAACUUUCACAACUGAGAACCAAAGUUGUUCUCAGUUGUGAAAGAAGAGAAUUUGGAACACAGAACAAAAAAAGGAAGACAGCCCCUUGGAGCAGAUACAUUUGUCACAGGAAGCCACGUCAAACCCUGGGGCCUUUGCAAAGCCUCUCCAUCUGCUUAAUUACUGGGAAGUAGAUAGCCCCAGGAAGGUGUCCAGCCAGCCUUUGGGGCAAAGCCAGGAGUGGAUAAAACUAGAAAGAGACGCCAUGGAAGAGAAGGUGUUUGACCAGCUGAAGCCGAUUGAACCUGUACAGAAGCUGCUCCCUCACGUGGACAAGGAGACUCUUCGGGAAGCUCUGAAGAGAGAGGGCUGGUGGAAAGCAUGGGUGAAGAAGCCAGUCACCUUUGAGGAUGUGGCAGUGAAUUUCACCCAGGAAGAGUGGGAAUCUCUAGAUGCCAGUCAGAGGGUCCUCUACCAGGAUGUUAUGUCAGAGACCUUCAAAAACCUGGUGUCUGUGGAUCUGAUUACCAAGCUUGAACAAGAUGAGAAACAGUGGAGAGCAGAUCUUUGUCCCCCAAACAGAGAAGGCCACCCUUCAGGAGGCAAGAAGGAGGAACUGCAAGAACACAGUCAGAGUUUGAGAGAUGAGGGGACUAAUGAUGACAAAGUCUCCCUUGCUUAUGGAGGGUCAAGCCUAGCCUCUGCUCCAGCUGGGUCCAUGGCCCCAGUGUUCCCAGCAUCCUGGGCUGGGCCACCCUUUUCCUGCCACACUUGUGGGAGGUGUUUCAGCAAGCGCUCCAACCUCCAUAGCCACCAGUUUGUUCAUAAUCCUAAGCAGACUAACAACUGCAGCCAGUGUGGGAAGUCAUUUCAGAACCCCAAGGCCCUCAGCCACCACAGACGCAUGCAUCUUGGGGAGAGGCCCUUCUGUUGCUCACUUUGUGACAAGACCUACUGUGAUGCUUCUGGACUGAGUCGUCACCGCCGUGUCCAUCUGGGUUACCGGCCCCAUUCAUGCCCCUUCUGUGGGAAGGGCUUCCGGGACCAGUCUGAGCUCAAACGCCACCAGAAGACACACCAAAACCAGGGGACAGUAGCUGGAAACCGGAAGCAUAUUGUGAGGAGUCCAGGCACCACAACUGGAUUCCAGGAACUCAUUGUCAGGAGCCAGGGGCUUACAACUGAGAACUAUGCACCAGUGGCUGGAGCCCAAGAACCCAUGUUUAGAGCCAAGGGUCUUGUAGCUCACACGCAACCAUCUGUAGAUGGGAACCAGGCACCCACAGGCAAGAACCAAGCGAUCACUGUGAGAACUUGGGCACCAAUUAUUACAACCCCAGGGCCUGUGUCCAGGACCCAGGCAGCCAACCCUAGAGCCCACUGCCUGGAUACCAGGUCCAAGUCUCACCUACCAAAGGCUUCAAGACUCAAGGUCUUUUCUUGCCCUUAUUGUCCCUUGACUUUUAGUAAGAAGACAUAUCUCUCCAGGCACCAGAAGGCCCACCUCACACAGCAGUUAAACUGCUGCUUCUGCUGUGGCAAGUCCUUUAGCUCAUUCUCUGAGCUGGUCAGGUACCAGCAGACUCACUGGAAGCAGAAGAUCUACCGUUGCCCUAUCUGUGACAUAUGCUUUGGGGAGAAGGAGGAUCUUGUGGGUCACUGGGGGAGCUACAAAGGCGAAGGGCUGUGCCUGGGCAGUCCUCAAAAAUGCUGGGUUAUCCUGGAUCAGUGGCUUGGAAAGGAAAUGCAUCUUCUAGGAUCCAUACCCCUAGGGGAGGGUUGGGAAGGAAGGGAGAAAGCAUGUUGGAAAGGAAGAGAAAAAAGCAAAUGAGGCAGCAGAGGAUCUUGAAACAUAAAUAAAUGUUCUUUUUUG